AACUCGUUAGUAGCCGGCCGACGUACACGCAAUAACGACGAGUUGAGUUCGCAAAUUGUUAUUAAUCUUUUUGUACGUUCUAAAUAAAGUCAAUUGAUCUCUUUUUUCUCGAAGGAUCGACAUAUUUUUUCAUUCAUUCGUAUACGUGCACAAAUUUGUACGUGUUAAACAACAUGAAACUGCUUUUUCUAAACGCAAUUACCUUUAUCGCUAAUAAGCCAAACCUUAUUAAAGUCGGAACUCGUUUACUAUCUUCCAUGGCUGGAGAAUUGCAAAAACAUGAGGUCGUUCCCGAUGUCAUUGAUAAGGUACCAACUGCGGUACUGGACGUGGCCUAUCCUAAUAAUCUUGUCGUCGAAAUUGGUAAAGUUUUAACUCCGACACAAGUUAAGGAUCAACCUACGAUUAAAUGGACUGCCGAUGCCAGUACUUUUUAUACCCUUUGUAUGACAGAUCCAGAUGCACCCAGUAGAAAAGAUCCCAAAUUCCGUGAAUGGCAUCAUUGGUUAGUUGGCAACAUACCUGGCAAUGACAUUAGCAAGGGUGAAACUCUUUCAGAAUACAUUGGAUCUGGUCCACCAGAAGGAACUGGUCUUCAUCGUUAUGUUUUUCUUUUAUAUAAGCAACCAAAAAAAUUAACUUUCGAUGAGAAACACUUAACUAAUAGAAGUGGCAAUAACCGUGGUAAAUUUUCUAUUAAAAAGUUUGCAAACAAAUACAAUCUUGGUGAUCCUAUUGCUGGGAACAUGUUUCAAGCUGAAUACGAUGAUUAUGUGCCAAUCUUAUACAAGCAACUUGGUGAUUAAAAUGUUUUACUUUCAUUAAUAAUAACAUUUAGUCAUGCUAUACUAUCAAUAUAAAAGGAUACAUUUAUAUAGUUUACUACAGGGUUCAUAAAGGAAAUGGUACUAUGUACUAUGAUUUUCAAUAAAGUUCAGAAAUGUA